GUUGUGCCAGAGACUGAUGCUUCCGGGUUCAAGGGAAGAAGAUUCCACUGUUUGAAAAUGCACGCGCUCUCCUGAGGUUUCGCUCGCUGCCUGGUACUCCCGCCAAAUUGACGUCACUGUUAAGGGGCGAAGGGAUGGACAGGUUCGUGACACGCAGCAGGAAGAGGCUUGGUGUGGGAGAGCCCGAUCAGGCAUGUCACGGCAAGAAGAGCAGAGAAGCUCCCACACAAGUGCAGAAGGCUUCCGGAGAAGAGGAAGAAAAUACCUCACUGCCUAAGGAGUUCUCUCAGCCAAUCCCUUGGCGGAAAAUUGAAGCGGAGGGUCUGGACUGUGACUACAGCCUGUUGUUCAACACAGAGGAGGCGAACGAACUGUUCAAUGCAUUGGAGAGGGAGGUUGAGUACUUCACAGGUGACCAGGCGAAAGUGCAGGUGUUCGGAAAGUCCUACUCUGUCCCACGGAGGCAAGCGACCUACGGUGACGAGGGGCUCACGUACUCGUUCUCUGGGCUGCGUCUGCUUGCUCGACCCUGGACCCCAACGCUGGGGAGCAUACGGGAUGCCGUCACCAAGGCAACUGGGCACACCUUCAACUUUGUGCUAGUUAACAGGUACAAAGAUGGCCUUGACCACAUGGGGGAGCACCGUGACGACGAGCGAGAGCUCGACCCCAGCUGCCCCAUUGCGUCCGUGUCUUUGGGGGCGGCGCGUGAUUUUGUGUUCCGCCACCGGAACAGUCGCGGCGCUGGCGGGAGAGGCGGACCGCCACCGGUCAAACUGGAGCUGGCCCACGGCAGCCUGCUACUCAUGAGCGCCCCCACCAACACUCACUGGUACCACAGCCUGCCCGUGCGCAAGAAGUCCCACAUGCCCCGCAUCAACCUCACCUUCAGACGCAUACUCAAGAGGCUGUGAUGGCCUCGACUUCAGACGCAUACUCACCUUCAGACGCAUACUCAAGCAGCUGUGAUGGCCUCACCUUCAGACGCAUACUCAAGAGGCUGUGAUGGCCUCGCCUUCAGACGCAUACUC